UGCAAUGAAUGAAUGAAAUAAAUAAAUACAAAAUGGCCUACUUUUUGUUUGGGUAGAGCAAUACGUUUAAUGAAAAUAUAAAAUGAUAAAAUUUAUAUCAUUAUUUAACACCUGUGGUAUAAUAGUACAUGAAAUAAGGUUAAUACUGUUUAAAAUCAGUGUUGUGCGUGUAUCUAAAGUUGUCAUAUAGAUAGUAAAAUAAGAAAAAUGACAAAUUGAUUUAAGUAUUAUUAUUGUACUUUGGCUGCAGAAUUAGUUUCAGUGAAAACCAUGAAUACAAAGAAGGAAUUUAAUUGUGUAUUUUGUAAAGAUACUUUCGACAAUAAGGAAGAUUUACAAGAACAUUUCAGGAAACACGGUGACCCACAAUAUAAAAAGCGUUUUGAAAUAUCUACACAAGGGACUGAUCAGAAAUCUAAAGAGAAGGCAGAGUUAGUUACCUGUGACGUGUGUUCUCAAGUGUUUCCUACGAUAUCCAAGGCUAUAACUCACAAACACAAGGUGCACCCGGAUCACGAUGCAAAGUACUUUUGUCCCUGGUGCGGGAAACUCUUCACAUUGAAGCAUUUAUACAAUGUCCAUGUUCGAUCAACACAUGGAGCUGAAGAGGAAAGCACCGAGGACAAACGUUUUCAUUGUGAUUGCUGCAAUGUAGAUUUCUUCAUUGCCUCUGCUAUGCUAAACCAUAAUAAAUUCUUUCAUCGGCAAGACACAGACCUGCCAGACAUUGGCCAAUCAAAGAAAAUUAAAACCUACUCUCAGGUCAUCAUUUCAAUAUACUACUGUCCUUUCUGUGGAGAGGAGUAUGAAAAUAAAGUAAAUCUAUUUAAACACAUGACAGAGGACCAUGGAGAUGAAAACCAGAGUCCAGAUGAAGUGUUAAAAUGUCCAGUGUGUGAAGCAGUGUUUUACCACCUGGAUGCAUAUGAAAUACACCUCACAUUUCAUACUACCGAGGACAUGUAUAGCAUUAAUAAUCCUGCGUUUACUGAAUUACUGGAUUUUUCCCUGGAAACAGUUCCACCUAUAAUAGAAAAGGUGGAAAACGCAGAUGAAAUUGAUAACCCACAAACAGAUGCUGAAUCAACUAUGAAUGCUGUUGGAAUUGAAAAGUUCCUAGAACUAGCGAUAGACCAUGCAGAGGAAGAAGAUACUGGUCCUGUUAAACCUAAGAAGCAUAAAAAACAUAAAAAGUCAAAGAAAUCAGCGAUUACGCUCGAUGAGUUUCUUAGUAUGAACCAAGACGUAUUUGGUGAAGAUCUCGACUUUCAGGGAAUAGAAGAAGUGCCAACACGCGUAGUUAAGAAACAACUCAAAAAUAAUAUGAAUGUGUCAAACAGUGCAACCACCUCCGCUGAGCUAGACAAAUUAAAAAAGGCAGGUAUUGUCGUCAAACGAAAGGUGAAUCUAAAUCAAAUCAAUCAAUCAAUCAAAAAAAUUAAGCUCCCUACGUCCACACCCAGCAAAACAACUGUAAGUAAACCCGUUCCUAAGUCAAAUCAAAUAAGAGAAAUAGAAACUUCAAGUGAAGUUUUAAAUAAACUAAUUAAUCAAAGUAACAAUCAGAUAAAAAUAGUAAAAAAGGUUAAUCCUAAUGCAGUUUCCAUAGAACCUAAAGAAACAAUAAAAGAUACAGUGGAGGAGACAGAAACAUCUGAAGAAGAUGCCAACAAAAUGGUCUCGAAUGACACUGAGAUAAACUCUACUCAAACAGAUACUGAUAGUAUUAAAGAAACUACAAACAUAGAAGAACCACCAAUAAGUGCAGGAGAUACACAGUAUGAAGAAAAUAAACUAAGCGAAAGUAAUACUGAUACCGAAUUAGAUAAUGAGACUAAUAAAAGUGUCGUGCCAGAUAGUAAUAAAAGACCUCAAGAAUUAUCUGAUGCCAAGAUCGAUCAUUCCCCAAAAUCAACUAACAAUAUAACUACAAAAGAUAAUGAAAAGACAUAUGAGCCAGAUCAUCAAGAAAUUGAAAAUUAUUCUGAACAUUCUGAAACAGAAUUUGAUGAUGCAGACCAUGCAUCAGAUCUUGACAGUCACAUAGAGGAUGACAAAGCCUUAGAUGAUAACAAAACAAACAAUAAAUAUAACACCACAUUAAGUGCAUCAGCUAAUUCCUUAUCAACUUUAAAACGUUUAAGUCAUCUAAUAACUGUAAAACCUGUCGGUCAAAAUAAAAAUAACACAUUAACUGAAUCCAAGACUGACAAAAUUCCUGAAACAAUUAAUGAUACUGAAAAUCCUAAUAAAAAGGAAGAUUCUUCUUUGCCAGUUGAUAAAGUACAUGUUACUAAAUCAAAAACUGUUGAUAAAGAUCCUACUUUAGACGCCUUAAAAACCCUGAGCAAAAACAUUACUAUCAAGUCUAUGUCAACAAAAAGAAAUAUAUGUGAAUCUAACAAUGACGAAAUUGACGAAAAUGAUCAAAAAACAAGUGGGUUACAAUUACAAAAUACAAGUUCCAAUAAAAAUAUUACUAUUAAAAAAACCAAAUUAGAAACGAAUGAAACUAAACCUGUAGUCAACCAUCAAGAAAGAAGAUAUGUACUAGGACAACACAUCUCAAAAUCUCCAACUGAACAGAUUUCAAAAACUAAAAUUGAAAAGGAUAACAACAUAUUGCCGAACUCGAAUGCUCAUAUUUUAAAAAGACUACCAAAUAUAAAUAUUACAACGAAACCUGUUAUAAAUAAAAGUAAAUGUUUGCCUGCUAAUGUCAAACCAACUAACGUUCCUAAAAAAGUUGUUGAACCUCAAAAACCAGAAGAAAUAAUAGAAAUUUUUGACAUAGACGACUCUGAAGAUGAACAAGAAAUUAGUAGAAAUCCGCCACAACUUAAUCAAAAAACCCCAGGUCCAUCAAAGUCAAUAGACGCGUUGAAGAAUUUAAGUAAAAAUAUAACCGUCAAAUCUGUGAAUCAAGCGCCAUAUAAUAGGAGUAGUAGAAUUGAAAAUAAUAAUAAGAUUGAAAAAGAAGACACCAGUAGUCAACAAUUUAAAGAUGAAUCAAACAAUGAAAGCAACUUCAAUAUGCAAAACAAAAAUGUGGCAGUUAAAAACAUUUUACAGGGUAUUAGUAAAAACAUUACAAUUAAAUCUCGAAAUACUUCACCAAGUCAGUUUACGCAAUCCCAAGAAAAUUCUCAAGAUUCUAAAGAAAUGGAAGACGAUUACGCUAGUGAUUUAGAUUCUAAUCCAGGCAAAAUUCAAAUAACAGAAAUUGAUGAAGACAUGGAACUGGAUAACUGUGAUGAAGAACAUUCUGAAAAUAUCGAAGAACCUAAUGAGACUGUUAACAAUCCGAUUAUUGAAUCACCAAAAGAAUCGUGUAGCGAAAAUGAAGAUGAUGACAUACAUGACUUUGAACAAGACAUUAGAGUCAACACAGUGCAAAGAAGUCAGCAAACUAUAAAUUCGACAGUUAAUUCUGUUUGCUUAAAUAAUUUAAAGAGUAUAAAUAAAAAUUUAACAAUAAAAUCUAUAAACAAAUCGUCAAUAGGUAACGACGACGACAGUAAAACACAUAUUCAUUCACAGGAUAGUCAAGAAACAAUUAAUGUACAGAAAAAACAAGUACCAACUAAAUCUAAUCAAGUUGUGAAAGAAAUUGAGAACGACAAUGUCGCUAUUAAUAGAGUUUCUAAGAACGACAAUAGUUCAGCUUUUUUGAAGAAGGUAUCUUCGAUGAAUACUGUCAACAAAGAAGUUACUGUAAAAACAAUUCAAACGAAGACCAUGAUACAAGAAAUAACCACGACCGUCACUAAAACUAUAAAGACGGUAAACCAAACAAUGAAACAAGAAAUUCGGAACUCCGUUCAAACAAAUACUCCGACGCAGCGGAUACAGGGAAUGAGACCAGUAGGCCCGAAAAACCUUCAAGGUGUUGUCAUAAGACACGCAAAUCCUGUUGCUAAAACUAGCAAUACCGUAUCAAAAAUCAGACCAUGUAAUGCCAUAAGGAAUUCUAAUCAAAAUGUUGCUAUUAGGAGCCCUACUCCUAUAAAUAUAGCAAGACCCAACAAUCCUAGAAUGAUGAUAGGCAAAAAAGUAACAACCUCUCCUAGCCCACACAAAGCGAAUAUUGUAAGACCGUCAUCUCCUAGCUCAAACAAACCAGUUAUUGGGAGACCUUUAAAGAUUUCACCAUCAGCUGUUAUAAAGAGGCCAAUUGCUGAAGAAGUGAAUGGGCCUUUCAGUUGUUUCAAAAAGCCCAAAGAAUCAUUAAUACCUGUGUCUGAUAUACCAGCGUUCAAUAACAGCAGUAGAGAUGGCACCGUCCAGUACACCUCAGCUUCGCAAUCCAGUAGCUCUAAUUUUACUAGUUCUACGAAGUUAGUUAAAGGCAAUAAUUCUGUAGUGACGGCAAAACAAAUCAAAUCGGAAGUAAACUCGAGUUCCCAACAGAUAACUAGGCUUAGUAAUGUGAGUGGAUUAAAAAUAACAACUAGUCAGCAAAGACAAUCACAAGUGCAAGAAAAUAGUGAAUCUAGUGGUAUGAAACGGACUACUUUAGAAGCAAUACAAAGGUUACAGAAACAAGGUCUCUUGGUUAAGAAACCUCGCGUUGACCCCGAGGGGCCUGACGCUUCCGAUCACGACAGUGAUCAACAUGUAGAACACAGUUCGGCAGAUGAACAGGAUGAAUGAAUAGAUGACAAGUGUGUAAAUAUUAAUUAAACGUUGACUGAUUCAAUUAGACAUACUAAAAUUACAGCACAAGAGAUCUAGCCAAGUAAAGGAAUUUUGUAAUUUCUAUGAUUUUCGUUUAUGUCGCUGUUCAUACAAACUAUAUAAUGUAUUUAUUUUGUUAUAAAACUAAACAUUAAAUGUGUUGUAAAUAUGAAUAUAACUAUGUAAGGUUAAUACGAAUGACUUUUCUUAUAAAUACCUCU